AUGUCCUCGAACAGUGAUAAGCGCCCUAUUGAUGAAAUACAGGAUCUACAUAAUAUUGAACUUUCUCACCAAUGGGAUCCGAACUUACCCCAGGAGAAGCUCGAUGAAAUCCACGAGGCCGUGAAGACAGGUGAUCACGAAAAAGCUGCCGAGAUAGACAAGUCAUUUGUGCAAGACUCUCAAUAUGAAUCAGUGCGAGCAGCGGUUCGAAAUACUGAUGGUGAAGAGCCCGCCAAUACGGUGCGCGCAUGGAUACUUGGAAUGUUCUUCACGACUGUUGGAAGUGGAUUGAACAUGUUCUUGAGUAUGAGGAGCCCUGCGAUCUCGUUUCCUGCCAUAGUAGUGCAAUUGCUCGUCUAUCCGAUAGGCUGUUUAUGGGCCAAGUAUAUGCCUACCAGAACAUUCAACACCUUUGGAGUGGAGUGGACUUUGAAUACGGGCCCUUUCAACAUCAAGGAGCACACAGUUGUUACAAUUAUGGCAAAUGUGUCAAUUGGCUAUGCAUAUUGCACAGAUGCACUUCUUGCAUUGAAGGCAAAACCGUUGUAUAAUCUCGACAUUGGCUGGGGCUUUCAGCUUCUGUUUGCUAUAAGCAGUCAGGUUAUCGGGGUUUCCCUUGCUGGAAUUUUCCGUCGAUUCCUCGUGUGGCCCGCUGCUAUGAUAUGGCCCGGACAAUUCGCAAACACGACACUCUUCUACGCUCUCCACGAUAAGAGUGGAUCUGAUCCCUCGACGACGGAUGGCUGGACGAUCUCCCGGUACCGAUACUUUAUGUAUGUCAUGAUUGGGGCGUUUAUUUGGUACUGGAUACCUGGUGUCAUCUGGCAAGGACUUUCUGUUUUCGCAUUUAUCACCUGGAUCAAACCAAACAAUGUCGUCCUUAACCAGCUCUUUGGAGGGUUCACCGGAUUGUCGUUGAUUCCUAUCACAUUCGAUUGGACCUACGUUUCCGCCUAUCUGCUUGAUCCUCUACUCUCGCCUGUGCAUGCAAUCAUGAAUACAUUCAUUGGGCUGGUCGUUUUUGUAUUGAUUACAACAAUUGGCAUUGCAUAUACUGGAGCCUUUUACUCAGAGUAUCUCCCUAUCAAUACUUCGUCGACCUAUGACAACACACAGAAUCCGUAUAAUGUGAGCAAGAUACUCGGCCCGGGCUUCACAUUUGAUGAGGAAGCGUACAAGGCCUACUCGCCUAUGUUUCUUGCUCCGACCUUUGCCAUAAAUUACGGACUAUCGUUUGCGGCUUUGACAGCCGCCCUUGUCCACAUCAUUCUGUUUCAUCGGAAGGAGAUCUGGCAUCGAUUCAGAGCUGCUCAAAAUCAAGAGCCGGACAUUCACUUGACUUUGAUGAAGAAAUAUAAGGAGGUGCCGGAGUGGUGGUACGCUCUCCUCUUCCUGGCUUCCGUCGCCUUGGGCUUGGCUGGCAUUCUCGCAUAUGAUUCACAACUUCCAUGGUGGGGAUUCUUCGUGUCAGUCAUUGUUGCUGCAGUAUUCAUUAUCCCUACCUGCAUGAUUCUCGGAAUUACCAACAUCCAAUUGUCCCUUAAUGUCCUGUCACCUUUCUUGGCUGGCUUCAUGAUCCCCGGAAAGCCAAUUGGAGUCAUGGUCUUCAAAGUUUUUAGUACUAUCACAUUGGGACAAGCUCAAUACUUCUGCCAGGAUCUAAAGGUCAGCCUUAGGAUUGGCCAUUAUAUGAAGAUCCCACCCCGUGUUACCUUUAUGUGCCAAAUUGUUGCGAUAGUUUGGGCUUGUUUCGUCCAGAUUGCAGUUAUGAACUGGACAUUGGGCAACAUCGAGAAUGUUUGCACGACCACCCAAACUGCUCACUUUACUUGCCCCAACGGAAAGGCAUUCUUCUCUUCCAGCAUUGUGUGGGGUGUAAUCGGCCCCAAUCGCAUGUUCGGACCCGACGGCAUUUAUAAACCAAUCCAGUAUUUCUGGUUGCUCGGAGCUCUCCUACCUGUGGCAUUUUACAUCUUGAUGCGGCUUUUCCCACGCUCCAAGGCCCGAUUCCUCAAUGCGCCAGUGAUGCUCGGUGCUAUGUCCUGGCUACCUCCGAGCAGUGCCACACCUUUGAGCUAUUCAUCUUGGGUUAUGUUCGGGCUCAUCUUCAAUUACUGGAUCCACCGUCGCUGGGGAGGUUGGUGGAGAAAUUAUAACUACCUUACAGCCGCAGGACUUGACACAGGUUUGAUCUUAUCAACAAUCGUCAUCUUCUUCGCCAUCACAUUCCCCGGUGUUUCUGCGCCAAACUGGUGGGGAAAUACUGCUCCCUUCGAGACUAUGGACUCCCUCUAUACUGCGAUUCGAAAGACAGUCGCGGAAGGAAAGAUCUUCGGGCCAUCCACUUGGUCAUAA